AUGCCCAGCUGCUGGGCUCGUCCUCACAUUCCAAUUGCAUCGAACGAAAACGAACCGAGCCGUGCAGGACAUGCUUUCGAAAUACAUCCACCAAAUUGGGCUCAUUCCACUGCAUCGCGACAUGUGCUGUGUGAUUGUUCACCAGAUAGACCUGAAACUGCUCAUGAACUCAUGCCCAGAAGCAGAAGGUCAUCUGAUGGGCAACAAAUUCGUGCAAGGGAGUUGUCCAUUGUUGGUCUCCCAAUUUAUGCCACAAAACGCACUAUGGUAGAAGCUGUUGUGGAUGCUGUCGCCGGUAUUGCCCGAGGCGAGAAACCAAAUGCACUGUUCACAGCGUUAGCCGCUUUAGUUUCGGAUGGGCUUAAGGAAGACACUUCGUCUUGGAAUAUGAUUCGCACUGUUACUGCACCUGGUCCCGCAACGAAAGACGUAUACUCAAUUGUGAACAAACUGGAUUCAAACGAGAAGUCCGAAAAUUCUCGCGUAGAGCAGUUUUUCGAAGAGCUUUUUAGAGAAAAUUCUUUGGAUUGUUGGCUAUGUUAUGUUGUAUUGAAAGAAAAUGUGCUUCGCCGUCUGUACACUCCCGGAAGUUUUUUACUGGACGCGCCAACGGCGUACAGGACGCUAUUAUGGCGAUUAGUUGACGCACUUGCCAUUAUUCCAGUGCUAGAAUUCCGUGAAUGCUCUCAUCCGCAUCAAACACAGUCUAUGCUAUGGAGUGGACCAUGUAGACUACCGGCAGAUUCCCGAGUUCCUAAAAGUUCCUCGGUACCGGCACGUCUAUCAAAUUCUAAUCAUACUCAUCGGCGUUCACGGAUACCAUUGCCAAAAAGGUAAUU